AUGAAUCAUGAAGACCUUUUGACUCAAUUCUGUAAUGAAUUUUAUGUUGAAAGCACGCAGGCUCAAUUUUUCUUGGAAUCUACGAAUUGGAACUAUGAAUUGGCCGCUACGUUGCUAAGGGAGGUCUUGCCUCCUGACCAAGAGGAAGGAUCUGGAGGUAUGGACCGGGGAAUUACUCCUGAACCAAAUGCCUCAAGGCUGAAUUCUUCUUUCCCGAGCGCUUUUGAGAGGCCUAACCCUCCUUCAAAUCCUGCCACACAAUCUAAAGGUAAAAAUGUUUCUCGAAAGAAGAUUGCAACAUUAAAAGAUCUUCAGGAAGACGAAGAUGAUCCAGAGGAGAAAUCAAAUUUGUUUACUGGUGGAGAGAAAAGUGGACUGUCGGUGCAGGGACCCGAUCCCAAAAGACAGCUUGUUCGAGAUAUCAUUGAGAAGGCUCACCAGCAUACAGCAUCUUCUGGCAUGGAACACGAAGCAUCACCGCCAGCUCCUGAACCCGCCUUCAGUGGAUCUGGUCAGCGGUUAGGAACGGAAAAUGAACCUGUGGACCCGACCAUACAAUCGGAAGGAGCUGCUGCUCCUCAACCGAUCUCAUCGCAGCCAAGAAACCAACCAGCGAGUGAUCCUGAAACUUCAGUUCGUCGUACUUUAUAUUUCUGGAGAAAUGGUUUUAGCGUAGAUGACGGACCGCUUUACUCAUAUGAUGAUCCAGCAAAUCAAGAAACUCUUCGGUUAAUCAACAACGGCCGUGCUCCACUUCACUUACUUGGCGUUACGAUGAAUCAGCCCAUUGAUGUAGUGGUGCAGCAUCGUCUUGACGAGGAUUACCGAGAACCGGUGAAACCCUUUUCUGGGAAAGGACAGCGCCUUGGAAGUACAUAUGCACCUCAACACACACAAGUCCCUGGAGCUUUUCAUGAUCGCGCUUCCUCUCAAAAUAGUGAGCCUGCCAAAAAAAUUGAGGUUGACGAAAGUCAGCCCUCUACGAGAAUCCAAAUCCGUUUGACGAAUGGUUCAAGAACCAUAAUCACCUUGAAUUUAUCUCAUACUGUGCACGAUCUGUACGAAGCUGUGCGUGCUACCUCACCAGGAUCAUUUAUUUUGUGUGUGCCUUUCCCUGCAAAAACUUUGGAGGAUGAUUCUUCCUUCACCAUUGAGCAAGCCUCUCUACGAAACGCAUCUCUCGUUCAGAAGCAGCAAUAA